GCCGGCGCCGGCCUCGCUCUGCCCAUCGGGGCGGGCGAGCCUGGGACCCUGCCUCCCUGCUAGCCCGCGCCCGCCCCCCGCGCUUGUCCAGGCGGCCGGAGCCGAGAGGCGCAUCCCGGCCGGGAGAGGAGGAGGACCACGAGUUCCUCGAAAGGGACCAACUCUCAAAGUGCCCAGGAGAAAGGGCAGCGGACGCGCGGUCGACAGGGGUGGUGGCGCCCGGACCCCGCGCCGCGCCGGUCCCAGCGCCCCGGCCCCCACGGCCCGCGGCAUGGCCCGGGGCUUGUCGCUGCCGUUGCUGUGCGUCCCAGCCGUCUGGGCGGCCGCCGCUCUCCUGCUCUGCGUGUCCGGGACCUCAGGGCAAGCAGAGGUUCCCGACCCGAAUGACCCUUUGGGACAACUGGAUGGACGUGACAGCCCUAUUCCAACUCUAAAAGGGUACUUUCUGAAUUUUCUGGAGCCGGUUAACAAUAUCACCAUAGUCCAAGGCCAGACAGCAAUUCUGCACUGCAAGGUGGCCGGAAACCCGCCGCCCAGCGUGCGGUGGCUGAAGAACGACGCCCCGGUCGUGCAGGAGCCCCGGCGCAUCAUCAUCCGCAAGACGGAAUACGGUUCUCGGCUGCGGAUCCAGGACCUCGACACGACGGACACCGGCUACUACCAGUGCGUGGCCACCAAUGGGGUGAAGACCAUCACCGCCACUGGCGUCCUGUUCGUGCGGCUCGGUCCAACACACAGCCCAAAUCAUAACUUUCAAGACGACUACCAUGAGGAUGGAUUCUGCCAGCCUUACCGGGGAAUCGCCUGUGCACGUUUCAUUGGGAACCGGACCAUUUAUGUGGACUCUCUCCAGAUGCAGGGGGAGAUUGAAAACCGAAUCACAGCUGCCUUCACCAUGAUCGGCACCUCCACGCACCUGUCGGACCAGUGCUCGCAGUUCGCCAUCCCGUCCUUCUGCCACUUCGUGUUCCCGCUGUGCGACGCGCGCUCCCGGGCGCCCAAGCCGCGCGAGCUGUGCCGGGACGAGUGCGAGGUGCUGGAGAGCGACCUCUGCCGCCAGGAGUACACGAUUGCGCGCUCCAACCCGCUCAUCCUCAUGCGGCUGCAGCUGCCCAAGUGCGAGGCGUUGCCCAUGCCCGAGAGCCCGGACGCCGCCAACUGCAUGCGCAUCGGCAUCCCGGCCGAGAGGCUGGGCCGCUACCAUCAGUGCUACAACGGCUCAGGCACGGAUUACAGAGGGACGGCCAGCACCACCAAGUCGGGACACCAGUGCCAGCCGUGGGCCCUGCAGCAUCCCCACAGCCACCACCUGACCAGCGCCGACUUCCCAGAGCUCGGAGGAGGGCACGCCUACUGCCGGAACCCUGCAGGGCAGAUGGAAGGCCCCUGGUGCUUCACGCAGAAUAAAAACGUACGCAUGGAACUGUGUGACGUACCCUCUUGUAGCCCCCAAGACAGCAGCAGGAUGGGAAUUCUGUAUAUCUUGGUUCCGAGCAUUGCCAUUCCCCUGGUCAUCGCAUGCCUUUUCUUCUUGGUCUGCAUGUGCCGGAAUAAACAGAAGGCUUCUUCCUCCACUCCCCAGAGGCGGCAGCUGAUGGCCUCACCCAGCCAGGACGUGGAAAUGCCUCUCAUCAACCAGCACAAGCAGGCCAAACUCAAGGAGAUCAGCUUGUCCACGGUGAGAUUCAUGGAAGAGCUCGGGGAGGACCGGUUCGGGAAGGUCUACAAAGGGCAUCUAUUCGGCCCGGCGCCGGGCGAGCAGACCCAGGCCGUGGCCAUCAAGACGCUGAAGGACAAAGCGGAGGGGCCGCUCCGGGAGGAGUUCCGGCACGAGGCCCUGCUGCGGGCACGGCUGCAGCACCCCAACAUCGUCUGCCUGCUGGGCGUGGUGACCAAGGACCAGCCCCUCAGCAUGAUCUUUAGCUACUGCUCGCACAGCGACCUGCACGAGUUCCUGGUCAUGCGCUCGCCGCACUCGGACGUGGGCAGCACAGACGACGACCGCACGGUGAAGUCCGCCCUGGAGCCCCCCGACUUCGUGCACGUGGUGGCGCAGAUCGCCGCGGGCAUGGAGUACCUGUCCAGCCACCACGUGGUCCACAAGGACCUGGCCACCCGCAACGUGCUCGUGUACGACAAGCUGACCGUGAAGAUCUCAGACUUGGGGCUCUUCCGCGAAGUGUACUCGGCCGACUACUACAAGCUGACGGGGAGCGCGCUCCUGCCCAUCCGCUGGAUGUCCCCCGAGGCCAUCAUGUACGGCAAGUUCUCUGUGGACUCGGACAUCUGGUCCUACGGCGUGGUCCUGUGGGAGGUGUUCAGCUACGGCCUGCAGCCCUACUGCGGCCACUCCAACCAGGACGUGGUGGAGAUGGUCCGGAGCCGGCAGGUGCUGCCCUGCCCUGACGACUGCCCCGCCUGGGUGUACGCGCUGAUGAUCGAGUGCUGGCACGAGUUCCCCGGCCGGCGGCCCCGCUUCAAGGACAUCCACAGCCGGCUGCGGGCCUGGGGCAACCUGUCUACCUACAACAGCUCGGGGCAGACCUCAGGCGCCAGCAACGUCACGCAGACCAGCUCCCUGAGCACCAGCCCCGUCAGCAACGUCAGCAACACCCGCUACGGGGGCCCCAAGCAGAAGGCCCAGCCCUUCCCGCAGCCCCAGUUCAUCCCCAUGAAGGGCCAGAUCAGACCCAUGGUGCCCCCUCCCCAGCUCUACAUCCCCGUCAACGGGUACCAGCCCGUGCCGGCCUACGGGGCCUACCUCCCCAACUUUUACCCGGUCCAGAUCCCGAUGCAGAUGGCCCCGCAGCAGGUGCCCGCCCAGAUGGUGCCCAAGCCUGGCUCCCACCACAGCGGCAGCGGCUCCACCAGCACGGGGUACGUCACCACUGCACCCUCCAACACGUCCGUGGCAGACAGGGCAGCCCUGCUCUCGGAGGGCACUGAAGACACGCAGAAUGUCCCGGAAGACGUGGCCCAGAGCCCUGUGCAGGAAGCAGAGGAGGAGGAGGACGGCUCCGUCCCCGAGACCGAGCUGCUGGGAGACAACGACACUCUGCAGAUGGACGAGUCUGAGGUCCAGCUGGAAGCCUGAGGGCUGCAGGGCCGCGGGGCGCUUGGGGGGAGACUUGGGCCUCCCUGAGGAGCGCGCCCCAGAUACCAGUGGGCUGGAGUGCAGUCUCCUUGUCAUCCUCUCGUGCACGGAGCAGCGCUGUGCCCACCUGCUUGGUUGGAGGGUCUUGUAGCCAAUGGCUCCUGACAAGGCAGGGGUGGUAGGUAACCCAGCAGGACGCAUGGUGACCCCCAGUGCCACCUACAUUUCCCUGGAGGUCAGUCGGCCAUGAGCAGUGCCUGUGCUCUGAAGGAAAUUAGGUGGCAUCUUCCCUCCAUAUUGCAUACGGAUUGAAUAUUUCCAAACAUUGGGAAAACAGGCCUGCAAAAAGGCAGUGAGGUGGGACCUCGGGCUUUGCGAUGCCCAGCGACUGGGCUGCUGCGUGAGAAUGGAGGAGGCUGCUUUUCUCUCUGCUACCCCCCCACCCCCUGCCCACCAUUAACAGUCUCCCUUCAGCCACCAAAGAUUAGUGGGAACAGGUCGCGGCCGCCUGCCGCCUGUCAGAGUCUGAUGAGAAAGGGGCUCCUGGAAUGGGGGUUCCGUAUUAAAACGAAAUGUGCCUUAAAAGAAACCCACACAAUUUUGUACUUCUGUGAAAUGAUUUUAACUAUCCUGCAUGUGUAUUUUGCCCAGUUUUCUGGAAUUCAAGGGAAAGUGUUUUUGGGGUUUGGAAUGUUACAAAGGAGGCAAUAUUGUACAGAGCACAGUAUUGUUAUUUUUUUUCAUUUUUUUUUUUAGAAUCCUGUACAGACCUUAAAUGUAAUUUAUAUGGUUUUUGUAUGCCAUUUUCAUUGAAGAAU